AUGUUGCCCAGGCGAAUAAAAUGCACCGAGGAGCGGCCACACUGUGUUCGAUGCAGCAAAUCGGGUCUACCAUGUCCAGGUUACAAAGUCCCUGUGGCACGGAUCUUCGAAUCCCAACCACCAUCAGCUCUCCAGUUCGAUUCCGAUCUGGACAGAACGAGAUACCAAUACUUUGUCGAAAUCGGCAGUAGGAUCUUGUCGACGUUCCAGUGGAACUCGACGCCUUUCUGGACACGGCUCGCACCACAGCAAGGCCUCCGCCAUGCUGCUGUUCGACACGGCCUGACCGCGUUGGGCGCCAUUCAGGCCCGGUUCCACAAUAUCACAAUGGCCGAAAUGCAAGCACGAGCGCGGCCCAAGAUCUCUGCGCUCGCCAUGUCGCAUGCGCACAAGGCCAUGCACUUGGUCCGGACUGCGGACCCUGGAACAUUGCCGAUUGAAGUGUCGCUGACUUGUUGCUUGUUGUUUCUGGCCAUACAGUUCUGGAUCGAGAGGACCUCGUCAGCCACGAUACACAUUCUGGCGGCAUAUCGUAUCCUGCACGAGAAGUCCGACGCCGAUGCGUCUUUGUCGGCCAAACCUCCGGAUAUGGCGGGCGAGUUUGCGACGACUUUUAUUCCCACGCUGGACGAGCUCAUCAGCCACACGUGCACGUUUUCCGACGACUUCCCCCCGCCCGGAUCGGGCAUUCCAGCAGACUAUCAUCUUGACUAUGAUGUGAGUCAGCUACUGGUUUGUGAUAUUUCAGAUUCGAGCCGCGCCCUUGAUGCUAUCGACCGGCUUCUAAAAUGUGUUUUGAGGGCGACCUCGAUGCCUGGGAUAUCACAAUCUCUUGAGGAGAAGAUUACUUCAGCUUUCCUGUGUCUGGGUCGCAAAAUACAGGAACUGCGUGACACGGAUGUGCUGUCAGGACACGGAUUUGAGUAUAUCCACCUUUGCCUCCACCUCCGCGUGGCCAACGUUAUGUUCUUGACAAUCGGGCGGCACGAUGAGGCGGGAUUCGACGCAUUUCACGCCGACUUUGGUUUCAUCGUCGACUGCUGCAGCAAGAUUAUAGACCUGAACGCCGCGGAUCCUCGAAGGAAGCAGAGCGUGCUGAGCCCAAGCCUGGGGGUUCUACCACCUUUGUUCUUCGUGGCGACGCGAUGUCGAGAACCGAGGCUGCGUCGCGAAGCGCUCGCACUCUUGCACGAAGCGGGUGUCAAUGAGAGAGGAUGGACCAGCUGCAUUGCCUUCUCAAUUGCCAAUUUCGUGGUUCGGGAGGAAGAGAACGGACUGAAUGAUCUCCUUGGUCAAGAUGGGGCCGCAGAUCGAAUCCGUCGCCGGAUCAGAUUGCACGAUGUUCAGGUGUGCAAUCCCUCGCGCACAGCAAACAUUAAAUACUUCGUCUUCGAACACGGCUUCCGAGAUGCAGGGCCCGUUUGCCCCGCCAUUUCUAAUCCAGAAUCUGGUUUGAAAGGCAUUAUACAGUGCAAAGCGAGUAUACCUUACCCGUCGCACCCGUCCGUCGAGAUUGAUGGCGUGACCUGUCAGAUGUCUCGGAAAGUCCUUCGGGCCUGCGGCUACUCGAGCAUCACGCUUUUCAGACAGCGGGUGGAUUGCCAUUGUUAG